UUGGCCAUUCUCUGAAAAACCCAGGUAGAGUGAAAACUGGACGACGAAAGAUUGAAUUGAAGUCGGAAACUACUAUGGCUGAUUCCCGAAGCAGAAAACGGAGAGAAGUCGCGCCCAGUUUUGGCCGAGAAGGCGAGUCAAGAAAACAGGAGAAGCUAAAAUCAGGGGCAGAAUCGAGUGUUGCUGAAUUAUCUGACCUCAUCGAAGAUAAACCAGCGAGGCUGAAUCAAGAUGAUGUGAUCCUGAGUUACAUUGGAUCGGAUAGUCCCAUUGGAUUCGUUGGUUCCCUCUGUCGCUGCUUGGAAGCUGACGGAAUUCGCGUUUUCAGAGUUGGCGACAUCCCAUCUAUUCUACCCGAAGAACUUCGGCUAUCGGUCUCCAGCUCCAACAUCUACAUACCUAUCUUUUCAACAGCCUAUGCUAAUAGCCCUCAGUGCCUUGAGACGCUCGCACUCAUGGUAGAGCAUUCGUCUAGAUCAGGAGGGAAGAAAGAGAUCCUGCCCGUUUUCUACCAUGUGGAACGGUCUGAUGUGCAGCUGGACCAAAAAUCACGCUACAGAGACGUCCUGGACGAGCACAAGCAGGAAUUUGGGGGAGAGAAAGUCAAGCUGUGGGAGACGGCUCUUGUGGGGGCUGGUAAAAUCAAGGGAUGGGAACGAAGCUCAUAUAAAAUUGAAAAGGAACUUAUCACAGCCAUCGUUGGAGAAAUUUUGUUUAAGUUGAUGAUAGCACACAAUCAUGUGUCUGAGGAUCUAUCCACUGGUGAUAAUCCCAUGUUAUCUGACAGGACCUUGGUAUAUUUCUUCGCUCACAUUCUCUUCUCGUCUCGAGUACUCUCUCCUAAAGACUGUAACUGUUGAUGAAGCUAGUUUCAGCUCGAGUGUGUUUUACAUCAAAUAGAUAAAAAGUCUAAUUACCACGAAAUAUUUUUACGUCAUUUUUACAGUCGUUGUAAAGUUAGAAUAUGAUAUAAAA